CGUGAACGCGUCAGCUCCAGUCCAUAAAGGAAACCGAGAGACACGCAGCUCCGGAGAAGUGCGAGCGACAGAGAUCACAGUAAGAGACAAGGACGCAGAGACAAGGACAGUAAGAAGAGCACAGUAGAGUAGAAGCGCAGGACGGUGCACAGGCUUGUGUGAAGGAGUAGAAGCGCAGGGCUGCUUCACCGCGUUUCCUGUUUCUAAAAUUCACCGGAGUCGCACUUAAAUGCAUUGGAUCCGGUGACAGCUUCGAACACAGGCACAGAGACACACUCGACAGACAUGGAGAAUGGGAAGAACCGCCUGCAGCAGACCCAGGAGGAGGUGGAGGAGGUGAAGGUCAUCAUGCUGGACAACCUGAACAAGGCUGAAGAGCGAUCUGGCAAACUGGGUGAACUGGAAGAUAGGGCAGAUGUGCUGCUGGAAAAGAGUAGAGCCUUUGAAAAGACCAGCCAUCAGGUGAAGCAAAAGAAAAGAUGGGAGAACAAGAAGAUGAAGGUGGUGUUUAUUGGCAUCGGAGUGGUAGCAGCACUUGUCAUUGUCGGACUUAUAAUCUUUGCUAUUGUGGGAUAGCGCAUGAGGACAGUUGCUCCUUGAUGCUCUCCUGAUCAAAGGAAAGAAGAUAUUGCGACGAAGGGAUAAAGAUAAAACAUCCAGGAAAAGAGAUGUCCGACCUCUUGGACUCAAGCAUCUUGCCUGAACUGCUCAUUCUGUGAUGUUUCUCCGUUUAGAGAUAUUUAUGGGAGUAUGCUUACGUGUUUUCAAUCUAUAUGGUACCACUGAUUGCUUGGCUGCUUCUUUUCUUUAGUAUAUCUUUCCCAAAGUCGUGCCUCUGUCUGGACCACAGUGGAAUGAGACGCCAGUUCAUACAUGGAUUGGAAGUCUUUUAAAAUCCAUUGAAAUAAGUAAAACCACUCCACUACCCUCCCUGUUAGAACUCUUUAUCAUAAAGAUAUUUUACAAUUAGGUAUAAAUAAAGUGUUCUGGCAUCACCCCACUACGAUUUACUGAUAUUCUUAACCAGACAUCAUUAUGCUGCUACUGUUGUCCUAUUUGCUUGUACAUGCUUGUUCCCGUUCCAGUGCACACCUCAGAGGAGCAGAAAGCUGCCACCAUGAAGACGGAAUCCAUGUCACCUGACAAGUUAAGCAAUGAUUUGAGGAGAGACAAGUGUUUGUACAAGAGGACAGAAGAGAACAAAAAUUUGAUACAUUUGGUAAAUAACAAUCAUUAGCUUCAGAUGGGAAAGAGUAAUGCAAACGUUCAGCUGCUUAAAAUCAAAUGUUCACAAACUUGCCUUCAUUAUUAAAA